AGCCAACAUAAAACCACAACAUUUAAGCGCUUUAGGCCAUUUUUGUUCAUUUUAUCCUCGGUGUUUUAAACACACUUAAUGCGUAUUUACUAGUUACUCUAUUUAAUGUACUAUUUACGUGUUUAGCUAAGUAACACUCGGCUAAUGCUAACUAUCUUUCUAACAUCCUCGACCAUGAGCUCACUAAGCUACUCCCUCCCUGCUAAAGAAGAGGAGAAAGAAGCCCCCGUAAAAGAGGAGAAGGAAGAGGAGGCUGUUACAGUUAAACAAGAAGUAGAGGAUGAGGCUGUUACAGUGAAAGAAGAGGAGAAAGACGUGAAAGAGGAAGAAUUUACAGUGAAAGAAGAGGAAGAAUAUUUAAGAGUGAAAGAGGAGGAUGCAGUUUUUGGAAUGAAGGAGGAGGAGAUUACUGUCCCGUUGGAGGAGGAAGGGAAGACUGGAGAUCUGAUUAACACCAGAGAAAGACCAGACUCUGAGAAACCAGAGACGUCCAAACCAACAAGACGACACCACUGCUCCCACUGUGGAAUGAUGUUUAACCAGUUAAGGUGUCUGAAACGACAUGAGAGAAUACACACAGGGGAGAAGCCUUUCCAAUGCUUCCAGUGUGGAAAGUGUUUUCCUUGUUAG